AUGUUGGACCGUGGAGGUCCAAAGAUCCUUCCUGUCAUUCCUCAGCUCAUCAUCCCCAUCAAGAAUGCACUGAACACAAGAAACCAUCAGGUGAUGUGCACAACCCUGAAAGUCCUACAGCAUCUGGUGCUGUCUGCAGACAAGGUGGGGGAGGCCCUGGUCCCAUACUUCAGGCAGAUCCUCCCUAUUUUUAACCUCUUCAAGAACAAGAACAGUAAGUUCUAG